ACUCGACUUUUCGAUUUGGAACAUCUCGUAAGAAUUAAUGUACGCAGUAGGAACAAUUGCAGAGGUGAAAUUUUAUUUUUAACGGAACGACCGUGUGCUUGUUUACGCGAAGUUUUUGAUGAACGUGUGAUUCGUUCGUUGGCGCUUGUCGUUUUCACCGAUCGUUCGGUCGUGCCUGCCUCUGCCUGCUGCCGCGAAUGUGGAUACUUCACAGUGUGCCGUACUGCUGCUGCCGCCUCUGUGCGUUUGAAGUGCUCUCCACGGCUGAUUGCCUUUGGAUUUUAACAAGUCUUUCACAUUCGUGAACGCUUUGAAACUGGUUCGUUAUUGUACCAGACCCCGCCGUGAUUGUCAUUUGAUAGCAACACCCGAGGCGCCAAAGCUGUCCGCAUCGGCGCUUUCUUCAGCCCAAGUGGUAUCAAUGUUGUCUGGCAAUGGUGUGUAAGGAGAACGUGGUAUCAUGGUUUGGGAAUCUGUCCAGUUAUAAACGCAUCGAUGUCAUGUGCACAUUACUAAAUAUGUGCCUGCCAUUUGAAGUACGAUACCUUGGCACUUGUGUAGAGGAUAUUGGUAAAAGGGAUUACAAUGAUUUGCGUGACACGGAACAUCAUGCAAACAGUGCCUCUGAUCUUGCCGAGUUAACAACCUUAGGCGUGGCAGACAAACGCACACGUAGAAAACUUGCUCUCUAUAUGGCAUUAUUACAUUCUUGUAAUUAUGCAUGUGCUGUAAUCUUGUACAAGAAUUUAUCAAAUUUUGACUAUCAAGAAAUCUCUAACCUAUUAAAUGGGACCACCUUUACACCGGAUGAUCAACCUCUAGAAGAACUGCUCUUAUUGUAUACAAUGGCUUUAAAUCAUCCAGCAUUUACAUAUGAGCAGAAAAGUGUCUUCGGUAAUAUUUAUAUAAAGCUUCAAGAAGAAGAAGCUCGUUUGAAUCUCUCAAAGUCAAAUUCAUCUUAUAAACAAACACAAGGUUGCACACCAUGUAUGAAUACAAAUGAGAGAUUAAUGGACACAGAGAUGCAGGGCAGUUGUAUGAUGGCUCCACCUCCAAUGCAAGCUUAUCAUGGAGAAAUGACAAUGAGAAAUAAUACCAUGGUAACUGGAGUUCCUCCUGGUCUUUCCAUGCCUCCACCUGGACUAUGCCUGCCGACUCCAGAACAAAUGCCAAUGGGUUCAGGUGGUGCAACACAAUAUCUUCACCUUGGCUUUCCAUCAGUAAAUCAUAUGCCACCAUGGACAGGUCAGGUUAUGAUGGGGAAUCAACUGAUGUAUCACACUGGCGACAUGUUGGCUUAUCCACCUUCCCCCUUAGUCAGCCGUCAGUCGUCACCAUCCCAGUCUCGAUCUCCUAGUCGCAGCAAUUCCCCAAUGGGUCGCAGAAAUAAUACAAUGCCGCACACCUCCUCGCAAGUGAUACAAUCUACUUCAAAUACUUUAACAACGUCAACGAGUGCCUCUAACAGUCAGACAAGCAUCUGCAGCUCAAAUGCCAAUUCCCUUCCUCCCCUUCCCACACUGGGUACGAACAGAAGUCAUCCUAGUCAACCUCCAUUGCUUCCAUCACGCUCUGUUCCCUUGUCUAUCAGCAGUUCUACUACUUUUUCACGGCAUAAUAGCAUCGAGAAUACCCCUUCUACCUUAAUUCCGGCAGCACCUCAAUCAAAACAACCACCGCCACCGCGACUGCGAUUUUCAAUUUCUGGUGAUUCUUUACGGGAAACAUUAGGAAAGGAAAUGCCAAAUUUCAAAGGCAACUUGCAGAAUUUUUCUCUUGAUGAGAUUCGAAGAAUGAGUGAUGAAGACUUGAGGGAAAUAGGAUUAACACCAAAUGCAGUAGGACAACUACGAAGUAUAGUUAAGAGUCAAACUACUAAUGGCUUAAAUCAAAUUUCUACUGACAAAAAAAUAGAUGGUACUACAAGCACAACACACACAGCCAUUGUAGAUCCAGUUGAAAAUGAGGCUAUUCCGGGAAUGGAGAUGUUGAAUGAUAAUGGAAAUCAAACUAGUAAGUCAAUGCCAUUACAGGAACAGCAUCCAGCGAUGCAUCAUCAUCAUAAUCAUGCAGCUACCCCUAAUUUACGGCGAUAUCCUACUAUGCCACCAUUAGAUCCUGCGCAAAUACAAAUGUAUCCUGCACCACCACCGAUGUAUGCUGCACAGAAUGCACCAUGUUAUGCCUGUCUUACAUUGCCUGUUGCUGGUGUACAAAAUCGAUAUUCAAGGUGCAAUGCUCAACAUGUAUAUUGUUUGGCACAAUUACAAGCCCUAAGGUUAGACCCUGAGAGCAGUAGGCACUGUUCACAGAGCAGUAGUUCCGAUAGUACUGGUAGUAGAUCUCCGCCAGAAACUCCUCCAGCAGCACCGUGGGUGAGCGGAAGCGAAAGCAAUGCACCAUCAGUUACUGACCAUCUAAGCUCUGCAUCGGUACAUUCUACAAGUGCAGUAUCACAUCCAGUAUCCCAACAGCCCAUACAGUCGGGCCCGGAAAGGCAACGUACUAGAAGAAAUCAGACGCAUGUAAUGCGCCAUAAAAAUCAAAUGGUGAACGGCGGUGGACCACCGAAUCUUUCACAAUGCGUUUCCUUUCCCGCGCCACCAUCGCAUUCGCAGGUCACGUAUCUGCCGCAUGGUCAUUUUCCGGCUUUGAGACCGAGUAGUGGUAUUUAUUCUAACUUCUCGCAUGGACCGUAUGCAAGGCCAGCUUAUCCGACCACGUACCAACCGAAUGGUGAAAUGAUGUACCAAUAUCCUGGACAUCCAUCUUCGGGAGGGACACCACCACCUCCACCGAAUGCAGCUGCGACACCUGUUCAGGCGCCGUAUAUGCCACCUACCCCAGUUGUUACAUAUGCACCAGCUGCCGUCCCACCAACGAAAAUUUCGUGUUAUAAUUGUGGCAGUAGUAGUCAUCUUGCAGUUGAUUGUAAAGAUCAAACUAUGGAGGAUCUUACCAAAAAAGCUCAAUAUCGCCUAGACUACAGUAUAAUGAAACAACCUGGAGAAUGCCCAAGUUCUGACAAGUGAUCCCCUGCCGCGGACCAUCCAGCAAUUUAUCAUUAUCAUCAUUAUCGUAAUUAUUGUUACCAUCAUUGUCACUACUACUAUUACUACGAUCCCGCCACAGCAAUACAACCUAAGUACCGUUCAAAAGAUGACUGCUAUCGCUCCUCGUGCAAGUUUUCGGUGAUCUUUGUAGACAUCCCUUAUAUUCAAGACGACAAUUUUUUAACAGAGGAAUUUUCGCGAUUCACGGUACCAGGUAUACUUUUUACAAGUUCUUAUUUAUGAUAGUAAUUCUUAAUUAUGAUUGUAAAAAAACGUAGCAUCAUGUACAAAGGAAAAACAGAGAGAAGCGUAACGCAGAAUGCUCUUAUCUAUGUUUUUAGAAUACAUUUUGAGAGGUUUGUGUUAGGUAUUGACUCGUGUCUUACCAACGAUAUAAUGGACUACAUAUAAACAGACACACACGCGCACAUGUGCGCGUUCGCACACACACAUACAGCACGUCUCAACCCAAUUUCUCCCUAUUUCUCUAGUAACUAGCCAUAAACGAAAUACAAGAAAAAAGAACGCAUUGUGCUCUGAUUAGAUGAAACUACCAUGUUUGACUAUAUUUAUCAUUGAUACUUUUACUUCUACUAGUAUGUCUAC